UUUCUAACGCGCACGACCGGAAGUUUCUGUCCGCGGCUUUCAGGAGAUAGUGGAGCCGCUGGGCCGCAGCCGGGAAGCUUAGGUGUGGAGGCGCUGAGACUUAGGAGACAACUGGGGCCGUUGGGGAGACUCAGGUGGCGGGACACUGGCGGGGUCCCGACCUGACCCUGGGCCAGUCUCGUCCUCGCGGCCCGCCUCCUCACCCCGCCCCCACUUGGGGCUGAAGUGGCUCCGCCUCCUGAUCUGAGCCUGGUCCCUCUUCAGGCACUGACCCUUGACCUCGGGGCGCCCCCCCCCCCCCAUCCUUUGGGCGCGAUGGCUACAGGCGCGGAUGUCCGGGACAUUCUAGAACUCGGGGGUCCAGAGGGAGAUGCAGCCUCUGGGACCAUCAGCAAGAAGGACAUUAUCAAUCCGGACAAGAAAAAGUCCAAGAAGUCCUCGGAGACACUGACCUUCAAGAGGCCCGAGGGCAUGCACCGGGAGGUCUAUGCACUGCUCUACUCUGACAAGAAGGACGCGCCCCCACUGCUACCCAGUGACACUGGCCAAGGCUACCGCACAGUGAAGGCCAAGUUGGGCUCCAAGAAGGUACGGCCCUGGAAGUGGAUGCCAUUCACCAACCCAGCCCGCAAGGAUGGAGCCAUGUUCUUCCACUGGCGAAGGGCAGCAGAGGAGGGCAAGGACUACCCCUUCGCCAGGUUCAACAAGACCGUGCAGGUGCCCGUGUACUCAGAGCAGGAGUACCAGCUCUACCUUCACGACGAUGCUUGGACAAAGGCAGAGACUGACCACCUCUUUGACCUCAGCCGCCGCUUUGAUUUACGUUUUGUCGUUAUCCAUGACCGGUAUGACCACCAGCAGUUCAAGAAGCGUUCUGUGGAGGACUUGAAGGAGCGGUACUACCACAUCUGUGCCAAGCUUGCCAACGUGCGGGCCGUGCCAGGCACAGACCUCAAGAUACCAGUAUUUGACGCUGGGCAUGAGCGACGGCGGAAGGAACAGCUGGAGCGUCUCUAUAACCGGACCCCAGAGCAGGUGGCGGAGGAGGAGUACUUGCUGCAGGAGCUGCGCAAGAUCGAGGCCCGGAAGAAGGAGCGGGAGAAGCGCAGCCAGGACCUGCAGAAGCUGAUCACGGCGGCAGACACCACUGCCGAGCAGCGGCGCACGGAACGCAAGGCCCCCAAGAAGAAGCUGCCCCAGAAAAAGGAGGCUGAGAAGCCGGCUGUUCCUGAGACGGCAGGCAUCAAGUUCCCAGACUUCAAGUCUGCGGGCGUCACGCUGCGGAGCCAACGGAUGAAGCUGCCCAGCUCUGUGGGACAGAAGAAGAUCAAGGCCCUGGAACAGAUGCUGCUGGAGCUGGGUGUGGAGCUGAGCCCGACGCCCACGGAGGAGCUGGUGCACAUGUUCAAUGAGCUGCGGAGUGACCUGGUGCUGCUCUACGAGCUCAAGCAGGCCUGCGCCAACUGCGAGUAUGAACUGCAGAUGCUGCGGCACCGGCACGAGGCGCUGGCCCGGGCCGGCGUGCUGGGCGGCCCCACCACCCCGGCGUCGGGCCCGGCCCCCGCCCCAGCUGAGCCAGCGGUGUCUGAACCCGGUCUUGGCUCUGACCCCAGCAAGGACGCCAUCAUCGAUGUGGUGGGCGCACCCCUCACGCCCAAUUCGAGGAAGCGGCGAGAAUCGGCCUCCAGCUCCUCUUCUGUGAAGAAAGCCAAGAAGCCAUGAGAGGCCCCACGGGGUGUGGGACGCUGCUGUGUAAAUAGAGCUGCUGAGCUGGA